AGACCUCUCGCUCUCCUGUUUUGUAAAAUGCACAUUGGUAAUGGUUUAGAGGCAAGCUUUUGGUUUGAUGUCUGGACCCCUCUUGGGCAAUUGAUAACUUACCUUGGAGAUUCUGGUCCUAGAACCUUGAGGAUUAACAGAAAUGCGGUUGUCGCUGAGGCAAUCAAUAACUCUCACUGGUCUCUUCCCCAUCCUCGCUCCCAAAAGGAAGUGAACCUUCAUUGUUAUCUUACAACUGUCUCUUUGCCUUUAAUAGAUGAUGUGCCUGAUAAAUAUGAGUGGAUUGUUGGAGACUCAUCCUCUUCUGUUUUCAGGUCUGCAACCACUUGGGAAUUCCUGAGACCGCGUGAGGAGACUAAGGACUGGGUAGACAUUGUUUGGUUCAAAGGAGCCAUCCCGAAGCACGCGUUCAACAUGUGGAUAGCUAACUAUGAUAGGCUGCCCACAAGGUCAAGACUUGCAGCUUGGGGCAUGCCCGUUUCUCCUGCUUGCCCUUUCUGCUCCACGCAUGAUGAAACCAGAGACCACUUGCUGUUGACUUGCGAGUACAGCAUUGAUAUAUGGAGAGAAGUACUAUCAAGAUGUCUGCCUCCAUCAACAAUGUUCACAUCAUGGUCGGAACUACUCUCUUGGAUUCGAUCCUCACCCUCACGGAAGCUCACGCUUCUUAGGAAACUUGCAGCGCAAACCGUUAUAUUCCACCUUUGGAAGCAGAGAAACAAUCUCAUCCACAACCAGACUUCGAUCCCAGCUGCAACGGUCUUUAACGGCAUUAAUAAGGAGAUGAAGAACAUCAUCUCAGCUAGGAGACUUAGGAAGCUAUUCAACUAUCUAAUGCCUUUGUGGAUAAGAUAGUCUCUUCUCUAAGUUUAUUUUGAUACAUCUUGUUUUUUCUUCUUUUUUGCCAAGAUGGCUCAGAACAUAGAUCUUUUUUGUAAGCUCUUUACUCAUCUUAAUGAUAUUUACAGUUUAGCAAAAAAAAGAA